AUGUCUUCAUUAAUUAGUUUGAUGAUAAUUGCAUUGAGUAAUGUAGAUGAUGAUGAUGAUUUGGACGAUUUAGAUGAUGAUGAUGAUGAUUUGGACGAUUUAGAUGAUGAUGAUGAUGAUUUGGAUGACUUAGAUGAUGAUUUGGACGAUUUAGAUGAUGAUGAUGAUUUGGAUGACUUAGAUGAUGAUUUGGACGAUUUAGAUGAUGAUGAUGAUGAUUUGGAUGACUUAGAUGAUGAUUUGGACGAUUUAGAUGAUGAUGAUGAUGAUGAUUUGGAUGACUUAGAUGAUGAUUUGGACGAUUUAGAUGAUGAUGAUGAUUUGGAUGAUUUAGAUGAUGAUGAUGACGAUUGGAUGAUGAUUUGGACGAUUUAGAUGAUGAUGAUGAUGAUUUGGAUGACUUAGAUGAUGAUGAUGACGACGAUUCGGAUUAUUGAGAUGAGUGAUGAUGAUUUAGAUGAUGAUGACGAUUUGAAUGACUUAGAUGAUGAUGAUGUCAAGUUGGAUGAUGAUGAUUUGCGUGAUGAAGAUGAUGAUGAUGAUAUACAAACGAAUUACUUCUUAUUUAUAUUUUUUCUCUAAAAAGCAUUUUAAUGAAAAGUCAAUUUGAUGUAAAGUUUCUAAUUAGGCAGGUCACUGUUAAACUCUUAACUUCAUUUCAUAAAUUUUGUUUAAAUACGAUUUGUAGUAAGCGAGAAGAAAAUUGAAGACAAUCGAAUGUAUUUCAACACAAAAAUUACGGAACAACUUAGUAACAUUUGAGAACCAAAUAUAGUCAAUACUUCAUUUGUAAGAUGUCACUCAAUCAUCGUAGACAGUUGUUUUGAGUUCCAGAUG